AUGGAGAGGGAAGCAGAGGGCUUCUGUGAUGCAGAGGGGCCCUUUCUGCAGCCCAGCCCCAAGGAGGCAUCAGGUGUCGCGCACAGCUCCCUGUCCUCGUCUCCACAGGACGUGCAGGUGCCUGUGUGUCCUCUCUGCAACACCCCAGUGCCCGUGAGGCGGGGGCAGAUGCCCGAUGUCGUCGUGGGGGAGCACAUCGACCGCGACUGCAAGUCCGACCCCGCGCAGCGCAAGCGCAAGAUCUUCACCAACAAGUGUCUGAAGCCCGGCUGCAAGCAGAAGGAGAUGAUGAAGGUGAUCUGUGACCAGUGCCACAAGAACUACUGCCUCAAGCAUCGACAUCCCCUGGACCACGACUGCAGCGGGGCAGGGCGGCCCCUCUCCAAAGCUGGACAUGCUGCGGUUGCGAGAGCCGAGGCAUCCUCUUCCAAAGCAGCCUCUGCAUCGAGCAUCGGAGCUUCCCGGCUGGCAGACAGCCCCUCUGCUCCAACCUCUGCCAGAGGAGCCAGAGCAGCCGGGUCGCAGACACGCAGCACCUCCCCUCCAGCGGCCAUGCUGCAGAAUGGACUGAGUGAGGAAGAGGCGCUGCAGCGAGCUCUGGAGAUGUCCCUGGCAGAUUCAGCACACAGCUCCGCGCAGCCGCCCAGCAGCACGCAGGAGGAGGAAGAUCUGGCCCUGGCCCAGGCACUGUCAGCGAGCGAAGCUGAGUACCAGCAGCUGCAGCGGCAGACACACAGCUCAAAGCCAUCAAACUGCAGCAUGUCCUAGGCCUGCAAGGCAGGGUGUGCCAGCGGAUGUGGGAGCCUGCUUGUGACCCAAGGAAUGGCUGUGACCUCCCAGUUGGAUGCUGUGGGGUUCUGGCCUGGACAGCGAUAACAAGAGCACUUUACCAGGGACAAACAAUCUCCCUGGGGGCUGUAAGCAAACGACCAAACAC